AUGGAAGUGACCGAAAUUCCACCAACUAAUUGUCAGCAAAUUGUUGAUGAAAUCGACAAUGAUUUACGAUUUAUUGCGACGAGCAACAUCCUGAAAUUGUACUUGGCCGGCGGACUACUUGGAGUGGAAUUUAAAUUAUUUUUGGUCAAAAAUGAAGAGUUUCGACAUUACCUGGUGUAUGAAUUGGCCUUGGGGACCAAGUAAGUUGGGGUGAAAAUCAAAAAAAUGGAAAAAGUUUAUUGCACAGUGCGGAAUAUUCAAAAAAAAAUUUUUUUGAAGAGCAAUGUAUUUUUCGUUAAUUUUCCUUUGCACUGUGCAAAAAUCUAUGCAUAAAAUCUUCAACGGCCUCUGCACAGUGCAUUUUUUUAAACAUUUUUGCACUGUGCGGCCGGCAAAAAUAAGACAAUAUAUAUUGGCCCAAAGAUAGGAUUAAAAAAUUCAUGUGACUCUAAAAUGACCUCUAAUCACUUAUACAACACCUUCUUUAUCUUUUCCACCACUUGCCACACAAUGCCAAAGAUUUUCAUGUUUUCUUUGCGGGACCCAAAUCAACCUCAAAUAAUUGGCAUAAUUUUGCACCGUGCAAUGGAAAAGCCGUAUAUAAUGAAUUUUCAGAUUGAGUAUUCGACAUGAAUGCAAUACCAAGGACCAAAAUUUUGUGAAAACUUCGACUUUUGCCUUGUUAUCCCAUCUUCAGGCAACCUUCGAAAAAUUCGAUGGAUUUACGUCGGUUUGCACGAGGGAUGACAUUCGGGAGGCUGUAAGUUUAAUUUUUCUUCUAUUCUGCAAGCUUUUACAGCAAAAAUUUUCGAGAUUUUUUGUAAAAAAAUAAAAAAUUUUUUUCUUAAAUUUUUAAUAAUUUUGAAAAAACGACAUGAAAGGGCUAUACUUUCACACAAUAGGUUUAGAUUUCGUAUUUUACAUUUUCAGGCCGAUGAAUACUUCAAUUCGAUCAAUUCUCAUCCAUUUUUCGCCACGGAUUUGCCAAAUUGGGUCUUCUAUUUUGAUGACAAUCAAGUUGAAAAGUUGAUGAAAACCUCUUUAGAAUUGCCUGAAGGCUAUGAAUUUUCCAAAUUACGCCCAGAGGAUGCCGUUGAAGUCGUAAAUGACACGUUAUAUACGACCAAAAGCGAUGAGAAAUUUAUUGAGUAA